GCCAGUUUUUUGCCAUUUAACAGUGUCAAACCAGCUCUGUUUUAUCAGUUUUUGCUGCAGAGCUACAACACUGGGUUCAACUACGCAAACAGAAACUCUUCAUCAGAACAGAAGAAGAGGAUGAGUCUAAACCAGCUCCUGUUGAUCGCUGGAACAAUAUCUUACACGACAUGUGCUGGGGCUCUACCUCAGAUUAUUAUUAACCGCCUUCAUGUGAAAAGCGUCCCAGUGCAGACGUUCUGCAGGUCCAUAUUACCCAUCCCACUGGCAGCUGUUCUGGCCUUUUUCAAUGUGAUGACCGUCAGAAGUCAGGAACCAGACAACGGAAUCCAGGUGUUUGAUUCCAACGGAAACUCUGUGGGCUUUUCUAAAGCAGCAGGAGAAAAGGCUGUGAGGGAAACGGCCGUAUCCAGAGCAGCUCUGAUGGGUACGGCUGCUGCUGUUCCCAACCUGCUGGUUUUAUUCCUGCACAGACUCCGGUUCGUGCAGAGGAACGUCAUUUUGGCCGCCUCCGUCCGUCCUGUGAGCGUCACGUUGAUCCUGAGUCUGAUGAUCCCCGUGUCCUUCAGUCUGUUUCCACAACUGGCAGCGGUGAGAACCACGAGACUUUUCUCUGUUCGCUUACGAUGACAUGAUGCUGACGCCCACUUUGUUUUUAACAGAU